AUGGCGGAAGAGAAGUCAACCAUUGCAAAAGAUGUCACCGAAUUAAUUGGCAAAACUCCAUUGGUAUAUCUCAACCAUGUUGUAGAUGGCUGUGUUGCCCAAAUUGCUGCAAAGCUAGAAAUGAUGGAACCCUGCUCCAGUGUCAAAGACAGGAUAGGAUAUAGCAUGAUUGCAGAUGCUGAGGACAAGGGACUCAUUAGACCCGGUGAAAGUGUACUCAUUGAGCCUACCAGCGGGAACACUGGCAUAGGUUUGGCAUUCAUGGCAGCUGCUAAGGGUUAUAAACUUAUUAUAACCAUGCCUUCUUCAAUGAGUCUAGAAAGAAGAACCAUUCUUCGAGCUUUUGGAGCUGAGUUAGUUCUUACAGAUCCAGCCAAGGGCAUGAAAGGGGCGGUUCAGAAGGCAGAAGAGAUACAGGCAAAGACUCCCAACUCUUAUAUUCUUCAGCAGUUUGAAAAUCCUGCUAACCCAAAGAUCCAUUAUGAAACCACUGGACCAGAGAUCUGGAAGGGCUCGAAUGGAAAGGUUGAUGCUCUUGUUUCUGGGAUAGGGACUGGAGGAACAGUAACAGGUGCUGGGAAAUAUCUAAAAGAGCAGAACCCUGAUAUCAAGCUAUAUGGCGUCGAACCAGUUGAAAGUCCAGUACUGUCUGGAGGGAAACCUGGCCCUCAUAAGAUUCAAGGAAUUGGCGCUGGCUUCAUCCCUGGUGUUUUGGAUGUCGAUUUACUUGAUGAAGUUAUUCAAAUUUCAAGUGAAGAAGCUAUUGAAACUGCUAAACUUCUUGCUUUGAGAGAAGGCUUGCUGGUGGGGAUAUCAUCUGGUGCUGCUGCCGCUGCUGCAAUUAAGAUUGCAAGGAAGCCAGAAAAUGCAGGAAAACUUAUUGUUGUGGUCUUUCCAAGCUUUGGAGAGCGUUAUCUCUCAUCUGUGCUCUUCGAUUCCGUAAAGCGAGAAGCAGAGAACAUGAUCUUUGAGCCUAAAAUAAAAAGCCAAAUUAAUCUUUUGGUGCUUACAUGA